UUCUCCUUUCCCUUUUCCUUUUCUCUUCUUCUCUUCUCCUCCUUUAAAGCUGCCUUCUAUCUCUCUCUCUCUCUCUCAACUUCCCCUUUAAAGCUGGCUUCUCUCCUACCAGACCCAUCUCAAAGAUGGGUCGGACCAGCCCACGACUGCCCAGCUUUUGCCUGAACCGGAUCGUGACCCGGGUCCGAGUCCGCUCCCCUCCAGUCGAGCCCAAGCGCAUCUCGAACGCCGUUAGAACGGACAGGGUCGCUGAAUAUCUGAGCAAUGGUGAUAAACCAUCCAACGAUGGGGUGAAGCCAGGGUCCAUACACGGUAGAAGGAUCAUGAUCGUUGUUGAUUCGGGCCCACAAGCCAAGGGUGCAUUGCAGUGGGCCCUAUCUCACACCGUUCAAAACCAAGACACUAUAGUUUUACUCUAUGUGACCAAGCCUUUUAAACAAGCUGAAGAGAGCAUGAAGGGGAUGAAUGCAAGAGGUUACGAGCUUCUUUCUGCUAUGAAGAGUAUGUGUCAGAUGAAAAAACCUGAGGUGCAAGUUGAGGUUGCAUUGGUGGGAGGCAAGGAGAAGGGGCCCACCAUAGUAGAAGAGGCAAAAAAGCAAAGGAUCUCUCUUCUUGUACUGGGCCAGAGGAAGAGAUCGACGACGUGGAGGCUUCUGAUGACGUGGGCAGGCAAUAGGAUAGGAGGCGGCGGCGUCGUUGAAUACUGUAUCAGCAAUGCAGAUUGCAUGACACUGGCAGUGAGAAGGAAGAGCAGAAAAGUCGGUGGGUAUUUGAUUACCACAAAGCGUCAUAAGGAUUUUUGGCUGUUGGCUUGAUGAUGGUGGGCCAUGAUUUUCUAACUCGGUUGAGUUGACUCGGUCGAGUCAGAUCCAUUUUGGUGUCAUGAGUCGGAAUUGAAAAUAUGAGUUGACUCAGGAGAAGAGGCGAGUCGGUCCGAGUGGGCGAGUCUUGUAUUCAUGGGUGGGGUGGGCCAUGGAAGGUGUGUGAUCAUAGCGGUUGGAUGAUGUGGGUGUUGGUGUGUGUUUGUAAAUAAAAAAAGAUGUGAAAAGGUUCAAAAGAAUAUUUAAGGAUGGAUGGAAAGUGUGGAGUGUAAUUAUUUGGGUCAUUUGGAAUGGUUGGCGGGGCCACUUUUGGCUCUUUUUUUUUUUGGUGGGUCAUUGGAUGCUUGAUGGUAUAAAAAAUUGCA